AUGACGGCCCAACUCUCCAACCCCAAAGAGUAUCAAGAAAUCUUUCACUGGGCUUCGACCCAGAAAGAUGGCACCAUCCCAGCCUUUGGAACCCGAAAGAAUGAUCCAUAUGAGUACCAACCAGGAUUCAAUAAUUCUUUUGUUUCAGAGGCGGUCCCCGGAACUCUUCCACAGGGACAGAACUCUCCGAGAAACAUUCGAUUCGGUCUCUACGCCGAACAGAUGACCGCCUCUGCCUUUGUUGCUCCGAGACACCUGAACAAGAAAGCAUGGCUCUAUCGUGCCAGACCAUCCGUGGCCCAUCAGGGAUUUGUCGAUCUGCCCGACAACCCCGACACCGAGUCAAACUUCCUGCCCAUGAACCCCAGGGUGCAUGUCUCUCCAACACAGCUCGCAUGGCUUCCGUUCGAGAUCCCCGCGGGCAACGACGUGGAUUUCAUUGCUGGAUUGAAGACCCUUGCAGGUUCCGGUGACCCAACCCUCCGCGAGGGCAUCGCCACGCACAUCUAUGCUGCCAACACGGACAUGAAGAACACGGCCUUUGUCAACUCCGACGGCGACUACCUCAUCUGUCCUCAGCAAGGCGCCUUGGACAUCCAAACCGAGUUCGGCAUGCUGUUCGUGCAGCCUGGGGAGAUCGUCGUCAUCCAGCGUGGCCAGAAGUUCAAGGUCGCCCUCCCGGAUGGACCCUCGCGAGGUUACAUCCUGGAGAUCUGGGGAUCCAACUUUGAACUGCCCGAGCUCGGCCCCCUGGGAGCCAACGGCCUCGCCAACGCCCGGGACUUCCUCCACCCCGUGGCCAAGUACGAGAUCAACCUCGACGGUUGGGGCAUCGUGUACAAGCUCGCGGGCAAGUACUUCAAGAGCAGCCAGCAGCACAGCCCCUUCGACGUCGUCGCCUGGCACGGCAACUACGUCCCCUUCAAGUACGACCUCACCAAGUUCGUCAACGUCGGCUCCAUCUCCGUCGACCACAUCGACCCCAGCAUCUUCUGCGUGCUGACCGCCCGCUCGCGCGACCCGGCCAGCCCCCUCGCCGACUUCCUCAUCUUCUCGCCGCGCUGGGACGCCGCCUCGCACACCUACCGGCCGCCCUACUACCACCGGAACGUCGCCUCGGAGUUCAUGGGCCUCCUGUACGGCCACUACGGCGGCCGCUCCGACUCCUUCCAGCCCGGCGGCGCCUCCUACGAGUGCGGCAUGGUGCCGCACGGCGUCGCCUACGAGGAGUUCAAGGCCGCGACCGAGAACGCGCCGCCCGUGUCGACCAUCUCCAACGGGACCGUGGCCUUCAUGUUCGAGAGCUCGCGGCCCUUCACCAUCACCGACUACGCCUGGAACAGCGAGAAGAAGCACGAGCACGACCCCAAGAUGUGGGAUAACCUCGUCGACAACUUCUCCAAGCACGAAGAAGAAGUCAAGCAGCUGCUGGCCCUUCGUCCCGCCCCGGUGAAUGGAACCAGGUAG